GCAACCCCUUUCCCCCCUCCCUGCUUGGGAAUAACCCGCUCGCUCGGGGGCCAGCUACAUUUGACGUCAGGCUGGCGUUCGUAGUUUUGACGUGUAAACACUCGGUUCCAGCCCGGCGCGGGAGAGGGUUUGGGCUCCGUUCAGCCCCGAGCCAGAGCCGUGGCGCGCUUGGCUGGGAGACACUGCGCCCUCCAGCCUGCCGGGUGUCCGCAUAGCAACCGCGAGCGAAAGGGCUCCGGCUCUGCAGCCAUCGAUCCGCUGCCCGGUCUCCCCCCACCCCGCGUGUGUUUGUUGUUUGAUUUCCCGCGUCCCUCGCCGGGCCAUGGACGGGAGACGCCGGGCCGGGCGCCGGGUGGCUCUGGCUCUCUUCUGCGCCUGGUGCGCGACCGCCAGCCUGGCCGGCGCGGAGAAGCAGUUCGUCAAUGAAUGGGCGGCGGAGAUCCCGGGCGGUCCGGCGGCAGCCCAGGCCAUAGCGGAGGAGCUGGAGUACGAGCUGCUGGGCCAGAUUGGAUCACUCGAAAAUCAUUAUCUAUUCAGACAUAGAAACCAUCCAAGAAGGUCUCGAAGAAGUUCCAUUCAUAUCACUAAGAGACUCUCCGAUGAUCAUCGUGUGUCAUGGGCAGAGCAACAGUAUGAAAAAAAGCGAACUAAGCGUUCAGCCUUGAGAGACUCAGCAGAAGACCUUUUCAACGAUCCUAUGUGGAAUCAGCAGUGGUACCUGCAAGAUACAAGGGUAACUCCAUCUCUGCCAAAACUGGAUCUCCAUGUUAUUCCUGUAUGGCAAAAAGGGAUUACAGGCAAAGGUGUUGUUAUAACAGUGCUCGAUGAUGGCUUGGAGUGGAAUCACACUGACAUAUAUACUAACUAUGAUCCAGAGGCAAGUUAUGAUUUCAAUGACAAUGAUCACGAUCCCUUUCCCAGAUAUGAUCCAACAAAUGAAAACAAACAUGGAACACGAUGUGCAGGAGAAAUUGCCAUGCAGGCUAAUAACAAGAAAUGUGGUGUUGGCGUGGCAUACAAUUCCAGAGUUGGAGGUAUAAGAAUGCUGGAUGGAAUAGUCACUGAUGCCAUUGAAGCCAGUUCAAUUGGUUUCAAUCCAGAACAUGUGGAUAUUUACAGUGCAAGCUGGGGCCCUAAUGAUGAUGGUAAAACUGUAGAGGGACCUGGCAGGCUAGCACAGAAGGCUUUUGAAUAUGGGAUCAAACAGGGCCGAAAUGGAAAAGGUUCCAUUUUUGUAUGGGCUUCUGGGAAUGGUGGUCGCCAGGGUGAUAACUGUGACUGUGAUGGUUACACAGAUAGUAUCUACACUAUAUCCAUAAGCAGUGCUUCUCAACAAGGUCUUUCUCCCUGGUAUGCAGAGAAGUGUUCCUCGACACUGGCCACAGCAUACAGCAGUGGGGAUUAUACUGACCAGAGAAUUACAAGUGCUGAUCUUCACAACGAAUGUACCGAGACUCACACUGGGACCUCUGCAUCUGCUCCAUUGGCAGCAGGGAUUUUUGCUCUAGCUCUUGAAGCAAACCCUAAUCUAACCUGGAGGGAUAUGCAGCAUUUGGUAGUCUGGACUUCAGAAUAUGAUCCACUGGCCAACAAUCCUGGAUGGAAGAAGAAUGGAGCAGGGUUGAUGGUGAAUAGCAGAUUUGGAUUUGGAUUACUUAAUGCCAAGGCACUGGUGGAUUUAGCUGAUCCUAAAACCUGGAAAGGAGUACCUGAAAAGAAAGAGUGUAUAGUCAAGGACAACAGCUUUGAACCUAGGUUAUUAAGAGCAAAUGGAGAAGUAACUAUUGAAAUUCCCACAAAAGCUUGUGAAGGGCAAGAAAAUUCUGUUACAUCUCUGGAGCAUGUGCAGUUUGAAGCAACAAUUGAAUAUUCCCGCAGAGGUGAUCUUCACGUCACCCUCACUUCCCCAUCAGGCACCAACACUGUCUUACUGGCUGAAAGAGAGAGAGAUAAGUCUCCCAAUGGCUUUAAAAACUGGGACUUCAUGUCUGUUCACACAUGGGGAGAGAAUCCAAAAGGCACUUGGACUUUGAGAAUUACUGAUGUGUCUAGGAGAAUGCAGAAUGAAGGAAGAAUUGUGAACUGGAAAUUGAUUUUGCAUGGCACUUCUACCCAACCUGAACACAUAAAGCAGCCUCGUGUAUACACAUCCUACAAUGCUGUGCAAAAUGACAGAAGAGGAGUGGAGAAGAUGGCAGACUUUGUAGAGGAUCAUACCACGCAAGAGAACCUGAGUGCAAAACCCAAGGUCACCGAAGGUACCAGCAGUAGCACUGAUAAAAUGGGAGACAAAAUCCCAUCAGAGGCAAUGCUUCGUCUAUUGCAAAGUGCUUUUAGCCGGCACAUGGCCCAGAAUCGAGCACCAAAGAAGACUCCAAAUGAAAAGUUAAAUAUUCCAUACGAACACUUCUAUCAAGCCCUUGAAAAAUUAAACAAACCCUCUCAGUUAAAAGACUCUGAGGACACUCUGUACAGUGACUAUGUUGACCUUUUUUACAAUGCCAAACCAUACAAACAUAGAGAUGAUAGACUGCUGCAAGCCUUGGUUGAUAUUCUGAAUGAAGACAACUAAAAUAUAGGGUAUGGCACUGAGUUGGAAAUAUUCAUGCUCCCCACACCCCACUGCCCUUUUCUGAAGUAUAUUCUACACUUUACUCAUGUGAUUACUACUUUGAUUGCUUCAUACUUAACCAGGAUGUCAAGCGGUGGGAAACAGAUAGGAAGUGUAAUUUGUUAGUGGCGAGGCACUAAGCUGAAGGGUAUCAGUGAUCGCUCUGUUCCAGGGCUUCUCAAACUUCAUUGCCCCACAACCCCCUUUUGACAACAAAAAUUACUACAUGACCCCAGGACGGGGGACA